UGGUUACUGGUGGGUAAUUCAAAGAAACAUCAGCCUUUGAUCAGUUGACCUGCUGUACUGUAUCUACGUACAUGUGCUGUAGCUGAUCGCUGGACCGCGUACCGGAGAGAGGCUAUGGGUUGUGGAACAUCCAAAGCGACACAGGUGGCCAAUACAGACAUCACCAUCAAAGAAGACUCAAGUAUGAGAGAGCCCCAGCCGUUGACUCAGGGUGAGGCUACCACUAGAGCAACCGUGAGUGAGGAGAGAACAGACGAUCACGGUACAGCAUCACAAGAGCUCACAACUCAACACAGCUGUGACAGUCAGGCAGGAGGCAGUAAUGACGAGGAAAGGCCGAAAUUUGAAGCGUUUGAAGUGAGUGUUAAUGAGGAUGGGAGCAGUGACCCUAAAGGACUACCACCACGAAGACUAUCAAAACUGGACUCAGUGCCCAAGCUCACUACAGAGAUGUUGGCUGAGAAACAAAGACAAGUGGAGGAGAGAAAACAACAGGAGCUGGAGAAACGUGCCAACAAACGGGUGUCACGUAAAGACAGACUUAGGAAGCAGAUUGUGGAGGCUAGAGAUAUGGAGAGUGCUAGUAGCGACAGCAAUGGCCGAGUGAAGGCUCUCAAACUGUCGGCCAGUGAGGGCCUGGACACUGAGAGUGGGACUGCCAGCUAUGACCCUUCAGUAGAGAUGGAUGUUGACCUCACCUACAACACCGACGAGCAAAACGGUUUCUGGGAGAGUCAAAAUUCAGAGACGAAUUUGGACAAUAAUGACAAAGCACAAAGUGACACUAGAAACAAUCCUGUUGACGAUUUUGGUAGCAAUAAAUCGGAACAAUAUUUGUGAAUUAUUAAUAUUCAUUGCACACACAAAACUAGAUCACAUGUCAUGAUAAUUAUCAAAUAUUAAAUACCGACCCACCAUGCAUAAUUGCAUGUUUUAUUUUUAAU